GAAUUUUGUCGCUCAUCACUCGGCUCUAUCAUGGAGCUGAAAACGAUAUUUGCGCUUUUCUCCUUCAUAGGGCUGACUUUAGCAGGUCCACUUACCUGGAGUGAUGAAUCCAGGUGUAGUAGACAGUGCAAACAAAGUUCUAAAUUCUUGUACGAUGAAGGGUCCACCUAUCAUUAUGAUUUUGAAAGUGCAAAUCUUAUCUCUCAUCCGGACUCUUCUGACAGGCAAACUCCAUUUACUGUUAGAGCUAAACUUGCAAUAAGUAAAAUAGGACCCUGUGAUAUGGUUCUUGAGGUAAAAGAUGUCACAUUCUCAACUGCAGCUGAAAAUGCUAUGGUUCCAGAUUUUGCAGAUUAUCCUCUUCCUUUCUCGUUCCAAGAUGGUAAAAUAGAAGAUAUAUGUCCAGACCCAUCUGAAAGUGUUAGGGUUCUUAAUAUUAAGAAAGCCAUGUUAUCUGCAUUGCAAAAUAGUAUGGCUAAUUUGAAUGAAAACGAUUAUGUUAAAGAAACUGACAUCGUUGGAUCAUGUUUUACUACUUACGAAGUGCAAGAUUCAACCAGUCGUAGUAUUACGGUAACAAAAUCUAAGAAUUUGGGAUCUUGCGAAGGUCGUUUAGGUGGAAAUACAGCGUUCAUGCUCCCUCUGGUACCAUUGAGUAGUGUUCUUCCUGUGAUGAAAAAGGAAGAGUAUCAUUGCGAACAGACUAUUGAAAACAGGAUCAUUACAAAUGUAAGAUGUAGAGAAAGCAGUCAAUUUACAUUCUUCGGACAACGUAAAGAGGAAAUGAAAUCUGAAGCUACUGUUGUAGUCAAUCUGGAAAGGGUUCAAGCAUACAGAAACCGUCCAACUUAUCAAAUUGGAAGGCGACAUCAUUUACUUUAUUCUCACGAACCAGAGAGAUUUUUGGAUUCUGCUUAUGACGACGCUUUACGGAUUUUGCGUGACAUGUGUUCUAGAAUGCAUCAGGAAACAAUGGUUGAUCCGGAAAUGCCAAGACUCUUCUCACAAUUGGUACAGGUUCUUCGUAGAGUAAACCCCCGAGAAUUAGAAACUAUAUAUGAUAAAGCAGAAAGUGGGGAAAUAUGCCAGUCGCCUUGGUUAAAGAGCCUUAUGAAUGAUGCGUUACCAUAUAUUGGCCAUGAAGGUUCAGUCAGGAUAAUGGUGAAAAGGAUUCAGAGUGGAGCUGUAAGUAGAUUCCAAACUGCUUAUUGGGUUACUAGCUUGGCAUUUAUUAAACAUCCAAGUGAAGGAGCCAUUUCUGCUGCCGUGCCUUUAUUGGAUUAUGAAAGAGCUGGAAAACAAGCAAUUUUAGGAAUAACUGCAAUGUGUAAUAAUUAUUGCUCGUGGAAUACAGAUUGCGAGAGUUCAAGGGCCUUACAACAAGUGAUCGAAUCUCUUAGCAGAUAUUUGAAUUAUCAAUGCAAAGUCUCUGGACGCAGAGAAGUAAAUCAGGUAAUUACAGCUCUGAAAGGUUUCGGAAAUAUGGGAAGAGUUGGAAGUGCUAGUAGACAAAUCUUAGAAUGUGCCGUACAGCCAUCUAAUGAAAUUACCAUUCGAUUAGCUGCAAUAGAAGCAUUCCGACGAACACCAUGCGAACGAGAUGUUAAAGAACGGUUAUUGAACAUGUUCUCUAGACAGGAUGAACAAGUUGAAGUGCGUAUUGCGGCUUAUCUAGGAGCAAUGAGAUGUGCAGAUAAAGAACUCGUGAGAAGGAUCCAACAAGUUUAUGACUCAGAAAGGCUCAAUCAAAUAAAAACAUUCGUCUAUUCUCAUAUAACAAAUCUUCAAGAAACUUCUUCUCCCGAAAAACAAGAUAUCAGAAGAAUUGUGAGAGAAUUCCAAUUUAAACCUCAGCCAUUGAAUAUCAUGAAAUAUUCUCAAAAUAUUGAAUGGUCAAGUUAUUUUGAACGUGUUAAAUUAGGAGGAGAAUUUGAAUCUAAUGUCAUUUAUGCUCAUGAUUCAUUCCUGCCUCGAUCUUUCAUGACAAAUUUUACUUCGUUUAUUCAUGAUAAAGUUUUUAAUUUUAUGGAGGCUGGAGCAAGAGUAGAAGGUCUUGAUCAUCUAUUGGAAAAAUUAUUUUCUCCUACUGGAGAAUAUGGUCACAUGUCUUUCAGCGAAUUUACAAAUUAUAUGAUGGGCCUAGCCGAUAAAAAACAACAACCACGAUGGCCUACUGGAACGACAUCUCAUAAAUUACAACCAAAGGUCAACUGGUUUGCAGAAAGAAUGACAACAUCCGUUCCUCCAGAUCUUCGUGGUUCUUUCUAUUUCAAACACAUGGGCAGUGAAUUAUUAUGGGUAACAAUUGAUGAAAGAACAGAUUUCAAUUUUGGAAAAGCUGUUGAUUUCAUGGACAUACUUUCAGAGCUUGCAAGAACUCAAAAAAUCGAUACAGCUCAUAGUAUAUAUUUGGAUACUUGUAUUGAAUAUCCAAGUAUUAGCGGUGGUGCCAUUUCAUUAGACCUCAAUGGAACAAUUAUAGUAGGACUUAAAGGUGAAGGAAAAAUAGAUGUAAGAAAAGCUCUAUCUUCUCCACAAAAUGUUGAUAUCAAUGGAAAAGUUCGUGUUAGUGUUGCCGCUGAAGCAAACGCAAUAAUGAAUUAUAGAUCAGUCUCAAGUACAGCACGUGCCAAAUAUGUUGUUAAAGCUCAUGGAGGUGUAGUUAUUAAAGGUCAAUUAGUAAUUAGAGAUGGACGCGUUUUUAACAUGAGAAUAGAUUUACCUGAGGACAGAAUAGAUUUAUUAUCAGUAUCAGUUGAUGUUGUACGAAUUGACGAAUAUGGUGGUGAAAUAAGCUAUCAACCUUCAAGAGAACUAAAAGGUUGUAUACAAUUCCUUAGAAGUGUAAUAGGCUACGAUAUAUGCACUGAAUUAGUCCUUCCGCAGCCCAUAGUACGUUCUGGUUCUCCUUAUGCUGCCAUCAGUGGUCCUUACGCCACGAAAAUCUCUCUUUUGAAACAAGAUCGCUCUAUGCGUGCAUUAUUAUUGAAUAUUGAGCUGCCUGAUCACAAUGUUUAUAGCACAAAAAAACUUAAAAUCGAAUUCGAUACUCCCGGUUCCUCCUAUGAUAGAAAGCACUCUCUAGAAGUUGUUUUUGUUGAACCAUCUAGUCCACACGAACUAUGGACACUUGAUCUUCAGUUACACACUCCUUACAAAGAAGCGGAAGCAAGAGUUGCUGUGAUGAAUUCCCCAGAAAAAAAAUCUCUCAAGCUUGAUUUAGUUGUUGAUCGUAAUCGUCAUUGGUCUCUUGUUGCUGAUCUUGAAAAAUCUGAUAGCGGAAGUAUUGUGAAAUAUGACACAAAACUUGAAAUUUCAUAUCCAUCCGCAGAACCUUUACAACUCGUGGGUUCUAUUAGCUGCAAGAAAGGAAGAAAAACUGUAAUAACAGUCAAUCUUCAUUCUAAUAGACCCUCUCGUCAACCCCUCGAAAUUUCGGGUAAUUUCGUUAAAGAAGGAGAUAUAACUAUACUUAGACCAGCAAAUUGGAAACUAAGCACAGAUCUGAGAAUAAAACUUCCAGAUCUAGAAGCACGAAUUGCAGGUACAGCACAUCAAAGUGGAAAAAUAUUAUCAUCUGAUAUGACUAUAGAUUAUACCAGAAGAGGCCGUCGACGAAACACUAUCAGAACUAAUUUAAAAGUUCAAAAUCUUAGUUCUCGAUCUUUCACCAAACUCGUAACAACAGUAGAAUUGCAUUCCAGUGAAUAUCCUCAUUGUAACUUUCAGUUGGAUUGGGACUUUCAAUAUAAACCAAUGGAGCACUUAGAAAAUGAUCUAACAAUAAAAGGCGGUACAGACUUAAAAAAAGUACUCUAUAUCCUUCAAGUAAGCAAAGUUCGAAAGAAUGGCCGCGAGAAAUUCAUUUCAGAUAGUAGAAUCGUUAUAACUGCUCCCACAGAAAGAAUCGAUUAUGAAAUGAAAGUUUCUAUAGACCAUGACAGUUCAGUACCCAACAGUAUCAUUGGUGCAGAAAUAAAAAAGGAUCAACGAGUAUGUAUUAAAUCUAGUUUAAAAUACUUUAUAUUGUCUACAACACCACUGCAAAUGGGUUUGGACUUUACCUUAGAAUAUCCAGCAAAUGAUUUACUCAUAAAAUCGCAAAAUCAAUUAGAUGAGAUAUCACCAAAUGAAUACAAAGGUACAUCGAAACUGCAAUGGGAUCGUGAGCAGGAAGCUAAUUUUGAUUAUACAUACAGAAUCAAGAGCAGAGCCAAAAACUUCCAUCAUGAAGUUGAUGCCUCAUUUGAUGCACCAUGGUUACGAGCCCCAAUAGAGCACAGAGGCUUACUUAAAAUGAGUCCGAAAUCUUUAGAUAUUGCAAGUUCAACGAGUUACAAGGGAAAGGCUCCGUACAAGUUAAAUGUUAAAAUUGCACCUAAAGGUCCAAAUAAAGUGAAUUUGGAUUUACCAAACUAUGCAAAAAGUGACGUUCAAUUUGAUAUUAAUAGCAGAAAUACAUUAUUAAAAUUCGAUAUUAGUAGACCACAAACUAAUCGUAGAGUGAUAGGUCAUCUUAGAGUAGCAUCAGAACCAAGGAUUGCCGCUCAAAUGGAAAUAAAUUGGGAUGCUGAUAGAAAUCCAUCUGCUAGAUUAGCAAUUGAAACCGAAGCACAUGAAAUGUCAUCAUGGUCUGAUAAGAGUUAUGAGUUAACGGGUAAACUACAGUACAGAGCAAAUGUGGAUGCUCGUGUAAGAGGAAAAAUUAAUAGCAAACUUUUGCAAGGUCCUCAUGAUUUACAAAUAGAUUUCCAACAGCAGGAACCACUUUCUAUUAAAUUGCACCACGAAGCUAAAGAUGGCGUAUUAAACUGCGAGUUUCUUUGCCAAUACGACGAAGAGCAAACACUGCGUACUCAAGUAACAGGCAAGUUUAUUACAAAAGGACCUCGUUUGGAAAUAGCAUGUGACGCCGUUGUUUCUUCAUCCAAUCGUAGAUGGGACGGAAAGGAAGUACAUUUAAGUCAUAUGCAUGAUCUUUCUGAUUUACUUGCUCUAAAAUCCGAACUCCAAAUCUCUCAAACUCCCGAUAAGCAAUAUCGAAUAAAAACAGAAUUAACUUGUACAAAAAGCUGGAACUCGAAAGCUUUGAAAGCCUUAUUAGCAGUACAAACUCCUGUUCGAGGAUGGAAAACGCGUGAAAUCAAUCUAAAUGCAGAAAAGUCACGUGAUAAAAUUGCAUUUGAUGCUGAUCUUACCACGGACGAAGGCAGGAAACUUAUUGUUUCAGGAAACGCAGAACAAACUGAAUAUGGUGCUAGAUUGCAAUGUGAAAUUCAAACACCGGCUUCCAGAAGAAUGCAGGCAGCUAAAGUUAUGGCAACUUACCAUCUUCAGCCUUCAAAUUACAAAGUACAAUGUCAGAUAUUAGUUGAUGCCGAAACGAAAUUGGACUUCAAUGGUAAUCUUGUCGGACGUAGCAUAAGGAAUUUUGAUAGCAAUGUCGAAUUCAAGAGUUACGCAACACCAUCAUUCGGUGCACACAUGAGCAAUAAAAUGGACAGCGCACAUAAAGAGUUUGAUAUAGUCCUUAAGAAAAAUUCAAUUGAUAAACUCUCAGGAAGAUUAUCCACAGAACACGCUCGAGCUGAUUAUAAAGGAUCAGCAGAAUUGGAUGUCGAGGGAAAGAGAAUUGUUGACGUGAACAUUAUUUGUAAAGAUGGACGCGUAACCAAAAGUUGUCGUUUGAAUCUAAGUGGUGCUAUCAAGCCCAUGGUCGUCAAUGUGGAUUAUAGAAAAGAAGAUUCCGUGAUAAAGCCAAAAGUGAAGAUAUGUUGGGAAAGCAGGUACAAAAGUUCCGAAUGCGUAGAAGUCGAAGGCCAUUAUAAGAAUGAAAAUAGGCGUUUUUAUGGAAACGUUCUUCGUGAAAUAAGACUGAAUAUAAGAAGACCAAGAGAGGGAGAUUUGUCCGUAGAGUUUUUGGAAAAUGUAAACAAAAAGAAUUAUCAGAACAAACUUAUAUUUGCAUCUCCAAGCAAGAAAAUCGGUUAUGAUGUACAUUUAGAUCGCCAAUUGCCACAAAAGAAUGCACAUUUGCAGAUAUAUCUUCCAUCAAGAGUGAUCAAAGCACAAGGUACUCUUCAGACAGAGAGGGAAGUUAUAUUAACUGCCGAAUGCCAACUAGACGCCGAGAGACAGCCUAUGAGAAAAAUGGUCUUGGAAUUGUUUCAUAAGAAUAAUGUUGUUAGGAACAAUCGUGAAAUAUUAUCCAAAAUUGAGUUGAAACAUCCAGAACUUCGUAAGCCGAUUUGUGCAAAAUUCGAGUUGCAUAGUAAAGAGGCAGCAUCUGUCCAUCCAGUGGAUGCAAAAUUGGAACUGGAAUAUUCCGAUAAUCCAAAGGAUAAUAUAAUUUGUAGUGUACAACUGGAAACUGCUCCAAGUGGAGAAGGAAAUAAUACUCUUGUCUUUAACAUUCAUAAACAAGAACGACGAUAUUUAGAUUUCACACUAAGAUCGCAUUUGGGUCAUACCAGAGAACUGAUAAGCUCUGGUUUAGAAUGGGAAUUUUCAUCACAACGGAACAGAAGGAAAUCCUCAUUUUCAUUGAUACAAAUCAUGCCAUUAGAUAGAAGAUUUGGAGUUUGGCAUAAAUGCGAUAUGGUUAAAUUUGAAGGAAUUGGAAACUGGAUGCUUUCAUCUGACAGUGUUUUGAAGACUGAUGUAGAUAUUCUAAUCAACGAUAGAGAACCAAAGAAACUAGAUGCCACUAUCGACUACCGUCAACCAUGCAUAGAUGUGUCUUAUUAUUCCAGAGCUGAUGAUGUUCCGAAGAGUAAAUAUCAUUUCUGUGUGAAUUCUGCUGAUCGAAAUCUGUUAUCUAUAAGCGCAAACACCUUUUAUGACAGUGGCAAGGUUACAGAUUUUUCGUUAGUGUUUGACAGCAGUGCUGAACGUGCGUUUACCUUAGAUCUCAAAUGGAUGCCAAAAAUUCUAGGAAAAAUAUUGGAUUAUUUCUCUGAAAUACCUGUUCGAAUUCAAGAAAUAAAAGAGUAUAUAAUUCCAUACGAAUUAGCACAACCAAUGUGGGACACGUUAAGCUCAAUGAAACGUAACAUUUAUCAACCUGUAUAUAGAAGUGUUGCUAAAGAAUAUUCGCAAUUAUUCGACGAAAUUAGAAGUGAAAUGCAAAAUGUAAAGCGAUCUCUACGAGAACUUUACGACCGAUUGCCAUCUAAGUACGAAAUCGAAAGAGCUUUAGAGCCCUUGAGAAAAUAUAUUAAAGAUAUGCAAUAUGAAUUAAAAAUAAUCUGGAAGGAAUUGAUUCCUGCCGAUGUCCUUGAUCAGGUUCGCGAGGUGAAGAAAAUGCUUUCCAGACAAUUAGACGUGGUUUGCGAAUACGGCACUUACUGUUACGAACUGAGAUCGGAAUUUCGACGAAAUGGUUUGAAGGGCCUUGUAAAAGAACUUUGUAGAGAUCUCGUUGAUUUGUUGAGAGAAAAGAUUAAGAUUCAAAUUAAACUUGGAAAUAUUCAUAAAAGUUUAAUGAAACCGUUAAGAGCAUUCUGGGAAGCUUGUUCACGACAUUUGGAUCGCAUUGCCGAUCGAAUUGCAGACAUUCCAACUGUAUUAGACAAAUAUAUGAUGCAAUAUGGAAGAUCUGUAGGUAAAGCAUGGAAUAAACUUCAUCAUAUGUUUAAUGAUAAAGUUAUUGACCUGAUAGAAUGGUGGGUUAAAGUUCAAGACGACAUGAUGAGAAACCGUGACGUGAGAGCUAUUGUAAAUACAGCAAAAGAAAUAAGAGAUGAAGUUCUUCAAGAACUAAGAAAAGUAAGAUUAGACAAAUUACGCAAGGAAUUGAAGGACUCUAUCAUGACUGCUUUAUCUUCGUUAAGUUUGAAAGAUACAACUACUGUUCUUGUAUUCGAUCCUGAUCAAGGCAGAUUGCGAGUUGAACUCUAUUCACCAGUAAAUCCUCGUAGAUUAAAGCAUACAUUAAAGUCAGUUUGGAACCCCCAAUCUAAGGAAUUUCCCUGGAAUUUAGAUUCGCUUGAAAAGGGUUUAGACAUAAUGCAACAACCUUGGUUGCCUCCAUUUCCUCAAUUUCCUCCAUUUAGAGCUGAUGCUGUUUUAGUGAGCGGCCAACAUUUCAAAACAUUUGAUGAUGCCACGUUCAGUAUUGAUAGUGAUUGCAGCUAUCUUCUAAUGAAUGAUUUUGUCGAUGGAAAUUUCACCAUUAUUGCAAAACAUGUUGGAACUGACCGUUACGGACAACCACAAAAAUCUAUUAUUCUCUUAAAUGCUGAUGUUUCUAUUGAAGUUAAUCCACAUUCAUCAUCAGUUCUUUUGAAUGAUGUACCAGUUGAAUUACCAGUCUACAACCCUCUAGUCACUGUUAUAAGAGAUGGAGACGUAAUUGACGUACUAGAUAAGCGCGGUAUACACGUAAAAUGUCAUCUCGUGUACAAUUUCUGCACCGCUUCUAUCAGUGGAUGGUAUCACGGUAAAACAGCUGGUUUGUUUGGUACACUGGAUUACGAACCAAGCACAGAUUUUAUUGAUCCUAGUGGUAAAAGAGUAGAAACCGUAGACCAGUUCUCUAAAGGAUGGAAGAUGUCUCAUAAUUGUAAACAAAAUGUCCUUCCAUUACAAUGGUCAGAUCCAAGUGAAGAAGGUUACAGAAUAUGUGAGAGAUACUUUGCCCACCGCGAAUCACCUCUUCAGCCAUGUUUUAAUCGAGUUCCACCUCAAGAAUACUUCACGCUAUGUCUUCGAGCACCUGUAGAAUCUAGUUUAUCUGUAGAUGCGCCAUCAAAAUCUAUAUGUAAUAUUGCUGCUUCUUAUGCCUCUGUUUGUAAAGAUCAUGGUUAUCAUGUUACUUUACCUGCCGAAUGCUUGGACUGUACUAUGGCUGAUGGAUCAAUAAUGGAAUUUCAUGAUAUGAGAACAGUAGAGAUCGAUGAAGAUCAUAUAUUUAGGUAUCAGACAUUCGAUAUAUUAUUCAUAAUUGAAGAAAGUGAAUGUAACAAUGAGUUGCUUAGAAGUGUGAGCGAAUUUGCAACCGCUUUAGAUCAGGGAUUAGAAACUAUAGAAUAUAAAAAUAAUCGUUACGGUGUGGUGGCCUACGGUGGACAAAAUGAAGAAUUUAAAGCACAUGUUCACACAGCUCGCGGUGCAGCAUUCUUCCCUGUUCGUGAUAUGGACAUCGCUAUUCGAAAUAUGAAACUGAGUUACGAUCAACGUUCCGAUUUAGACGUAUUUGAAGCUCUUUGGCGCGCAACAGAACUUCCAUUCCGUGACAAUGCAAAUAAACUGAUUAUUCUAGCACCUUGCCACAAAUGUGAAAUAUCUGCUAUGUCCCAUAACUACCGUAAAAUGUUGGCACACCUUCAUCGGGCAGGAUUUUAUUUACAUAUUAUGCAAUACUCGGAUUUGGACCUCAUUUCGGAUAUGGACCUCAUUUCGGAUACAAAAAGAAGUUUUGCUUGGGACGAAACACACAGAAAAGAUUCUGAUGAUGUUUGCCAGUCACUUGCCCUCGACCUUGAAAAUCUUAUCAGACCCCAAACAGAAGCUGAGAAUAUGUUAAGCCAAUCUAAAAAUUGGCAAAUGCCAUUGUCUCGUCGUGUUUCCAGCAUGCCUUCACCAAAGUGUAAAGUCUGUCGAUGCGAACAAGAUGCACAUCACGUAGCAAGAGCGGUAUGUCGCCCGUGUCCCUUCCACAGGGAAGAAGAUUGGUGAAGAAUUAAAUUAGAAGAUCGUGAUUUAAUUCGAUUUGAUAUAAAGUUUUUAUGUUAUUAUAUUUUAUGAUGUUAAUUAAACUUGGAGUUUACUUGGAUAAAUAAAGGACGAAUAUGUAAAUUUUGUACUUAUUC